AUGGAUGCUUACAUCAAGAAGCAUACAAGGUCUGCAGUUGUGGUAGUUCCUGAAGUUCAACAAGAUUCUGAAGAGGGUGAAGGUGAUGAAGUUACUGAAGUUGAACUAGAGAAAGUGCCUAGUUCUGGGACAAAGACCAAGCAGAAGCAAGCACAAGAAAAGAAGAAAAUAGCUCAAGCUUCCAUCGCUGCCUAUAUGGCUGCUGCUGGUUCAUCUAAACCAGCAAAUCAAAAGAACACCAAGUCAGUUGUUGCCAUGCUUCGGAAGACACCAGAAGAGAUAGUUUCAGAAAGGCACAAAUUCAAGACUUCUCAGCCUACUCUAGAGCAUUGCACAAAGAAAGAGAACAAACAAGUUGUUGAUGACCAUAUAGCUAAUUUCUUUUAUGAAAAUCAUAUACCAUUCAAUGUCAUUAACUCAAGAAGCUGGGAGAUUAUGCUUGAAUCAAUUGGACAGUAUGGACCUGGGUACCGCUCACCAUCCAUGCAUGAAAUUAGGGAGCCAUUGUUAGAUAGGGCUAUCAACAAGACAACAGAACUGAGAAAGAAGCAUGAGGAAGCUUGGAAAGAGUAUGGUUGCACUCUCAUGUCUGAUGGUUGGACAGAUACUAGCCAUCGUCAUCUAAUCAAUUUUCUUGCAAACAGUCCAGUAGGGACCUUCUUCCUAGGUUCAGUGGAUGCAUCAAGUGAGGUAGGUGAUAAGGAUAUGCUAGCAGAUUUGUUGGAGAGGCAAAUUGACAAGAUUGGAAGGGAAUAUGUGGUGCAGGUUGUCACAGACAAUGGGUCCAACUUCAAGGCAGCGGGAAUGAUUUUAAUGGACAGGAUCCCGUACUUGUUUUGGACACCUUGUGCUGCCCAUUGCCUGAAUUUGCUGCUUAUGUAUAAAAAUAAGAAUGGCUUGAGAGCUUUAGUUGUCAGCGAGGAAUGGCACAAUAAUCCCCUAUCUUUGUCUACUGAAGGCAAACGAGUUGAGGAUAUUAUCUUGUUUGCGCCAUUUUGGACUAAAUUGGAAUAUUGCUUGAAAGCUUCACAGCCACUUCUCAUUGCUCUACGGAUUGUAGAUGGAGAUGAGACAUCAGCAGCUCCUGAGAUCACUGCAGCUAUGGAUGUUGCAAAAAACACCAUAAAAGAAUCUCUAAAAGAUAAACCCAAUUUACUUGCCGAGGUAAUGGUGUUAUAUGAUAAGAGGUGGGAAACCCAAAUGGAGCAAAAGCUAUAUGGGGCAGCCCUUUUCUUGAAUCCAAGCAAGUUCUUUGCCAUAAGGGAGAAAGAUAAGAGACAAGCUGGAAGGUUAAGAGGCAUGUUCAAUCAAGUUCUAUGGAAAAUAUUGACUGAUGACGAUGUGUCAACCAAGAUUUCGCAGCAAGCUGAUGACUAUGAACAAUCCGAAGACGAAGGCUUCUCAAUGCGUUUAGCUAUAAGGGAUAGAGAGAAAAAGAACCCUAAUCCACACCAAAAAGAGGAAUAG